AUGCGAUUUUUCCUUGUUUUGGCCAUUCUUUGUGCGCUCGGAUUUGUGAGCGCACAAACUGAUGCAACUGAUGGCGAGUUCCUCAUUGUUGAUAUUGGGACAACAGCGGAUCCAUAUAUUGAAGGAAGCACAGGGAGCAUCGAUACAUCGAGAAAUGAGGACACGAAUGGAAGGAAGAAACGCGAUUUGAUUGAAGAGAGUGGAUCAACCGGCGCACCGCUGCCGAACUCGCAAUUCUGUUACAACCAAGCACAUUGUCAAGUUGGAGAGAUCUGUUGCACUCAUCCGUACGAAUGUCCACCCGGCGCUUUCUGUCCAAUUUUCAUGUCUUUCGGAAUCUGUGCAAUCGAGUGCACCGAAGGGGAAAUCCCACUCGGCGAUGAUCAGACUGCUUCCACUCCACAA